AUGAUAACAUCCGCAAUUCUAUACACAGCAUCGACUUCAGUCCCACCAAUCCCCACAUCUUCUCUUCACGACUCAAACACAACCGUCAAAGUGGCGAUCUUCACCCAGUCACGGGCGACGGCUCAAAUAGCCAAGAGGUCGACCCGAUGUCUUCAAUAUAGUCCCACGAGCCACACACGGCUCUUCGCUUCGGCAGCAAGCACAACACACCGUAAAGACAAGGCUAUUCUACCAGAACUAAGCGGGUCAUCUUCCUCUCGACCAUGGCAAAGCUCGGAAAACAGGACGUCGAUUACGCCAACACCAAAUAGUUCUUCGUCACAUUUUUACGUCCCCUCGGUCAUCCUCCCAGCCGAGGCCGCAAAAUCCGGGCCUGUACACAAAAUUCAUAUAUUGGGUGAAGAUGCGAGAUCGAGAUUCAUUGCUCACGCCCUGUGCAGUGUUUAUGACUCAGUCGAGAUGCUCCGAUUCCGAGACAUGCCUAAAUCAAGAUAUCGAAAUGUUGAAGAAGCACAGCCAGAACGAACAAGGAAAUCCGCAUAUGCUGAGAAAAACGCCGCCAUAGUCGAAGAGGACAACGAUGAGGGAUACGAAGCUACCCAAACAUCCGAUCGUUCACACAUCGAUGAGUUGAUUGUCACUGGUCGUGGUUUUGAAGCUGUCAAGGCAAUUGCCUCUGUUAAAGACAGGAUCGACGACAAAACGUCAGUAUGCCUUUUGAACGAAGGCAUAGGGGUUCUCGAGCAGGUCCGAAAACAUAUACUUGACGGGACUCAACCUGAACCAAAAUUCUUCUUGGGACAUAUGAGCCACGCAUUGGUAUUCAACCGGAAUCGGGACUCUGUCAAACAAUUAAAGGCCGGGCGAACAAUUCUGACCAGCGCCAAUGAGACACCAGACACAUCAAAGGAGUUGCACAUAUCCCUUGACGAGCCUGCGUUGAUACAAUCACUAAAACACGCCCAGCUGCUUCAGUCAGAUUACAGUACUUACGACCAAUGGCUUCGGUUCAAAUUACCCUCCCUAAUGUUUGCCGCUGCUGUUGAGCCCGUGUGCGUGCUUCUCGAUUUGCCAUACCGCGGUCUAACGACGAAUCGGUCAGGGCAAAAGAUGAUGAAUCAGCUGUUGGGGGAGAUGGCUCUAGUGACAGAAACUCUGCCAGAAGUUCAGGGCUCACCAGAUCUUAUAAAGUUCCUUCGUGGCGAAGGUCUCAAAAAGUUCUGUUAUCGUCGUAUCACUGGCAAGGCCAAUGCCCCAAAGCUUGAUCAGAUUCGAAAGGCUCGUCUGGAGCAGCUCAAGGCCCAAGGUGGCGGUAGUGGUGGAGGUGGUGGUUCUGGGCAACAAGAACAGCAACAGCGCCAACAACAGCAGCAAGAAGACGCCCGUCAACACAUCCUUAACCAGAUCCUUCACCCUGAAGCCGCCGACCGUCUAGGCCGCAUCCGUCUUGUCAAGGAGUCGCGCGCCGCCGACAUCGAGAACCGACUCAUCACACUCGCCCAGACAGGCCAGCUGCGACAAAAGGUCACCGAGGCGCAGCUCAAAGAACUUCUCAACGCCAUGUCCGAGAGUAAGGAAGAGGAAAAGAUUGUCGUAAACAGGCGCAAGGCUUGGGAUGACGAUGAUGAUUUGGACUUGUAG